AUGAAUUUCUGGAAGAAAAUGAAGAGGUCGGACUGGGUCCUUUCCACUGCUUUGCUCUCUCUUUAUGGUUUCUUUGCCAACUGCAGACCGGCAGAGCCUUUCCUUACGCCUUACUUGGUGGGACCCAAAAACAUCUCAGAGGAAGUGGUAACAAACUACCUCUUCCCCAUCUGGACGUACUCAUAUCUGGCAUUGCUCUGCCCAGUCUUCCUAUUGACAGAUUUGCUUAGAUACAAACCUCUAAUAAUAACUCAAGGUCUUUUUCUUGUCACAAAUUACAUCAUUCUGUGCUUUGCUACUAGUUUAAUGGCUCUGACCUACCUACAGUUCAACUUUGCAAUGGUCACCUCCACCGAAGUGGCCUAUUUCUCAUACAUCUACAGUGUUAUUCCUCCCGAACGCUACCAACGGGCUACAGGGUACGUUCGCAGUGCCAUGCUGACGGGAUUUACCUUUGGAGCCACAUUAGGACAGCUAUUACUUUCACUGGCUGACACAAGCUACUUCCAUAUAAACACUAUUACUCUUGGUAUAAUGUCAGUGGCUUUCUGUAUUUCUUUGGGCCUGCCCAUGCCUCAGCAAGGAAUGUUUUUUAAGAAGAAGGUGGAGAUGUCUACGGACACUCUGAAUGAGGUUACAGAUGCAUUUGAGGGAGAAACAGAUCUAGCAAAGCAGGCUACGGGAGCAUGCUGUUAUUGGGGGAACCUGAAAGCCUCCGGAAAACAAAUGUGGGAGAGUCUCAUGGAGUCCUACUCCUCCAGAAGACUGGUGCAGUGGUCCCUCUGGUGGGCUUUGGCUACAGCUGGAUAUGGACAGGUCUUUAAUUACGUUCAGCUGAUGUGGGACCACAUUGAGCCCUCAAGUACAUCCUCUGUGUAUAAUGGAGGAGUAGAGGCGGUCUGCACACUUGUAGGUGCAGCGGCAGCUUUCUCUGUGAGUUAUAUCAGAGUGCAGUGGGACGUGUGGGGCGAGCUCUCGCUGGGGGUUUUCUCUGCUAUAGGUGCAGGGUGUGUCUUUCUCAUGGGCCUCACCAGCAAUAUCUGGCUGUGCUACACAGGCUACGCUAUCUUCAAAGCGUCAUACAUGUUCCUCAUCACAAUCACAAUGUUUCAGAUAGCAGUUAACCUCUCUAUGGAAUGUUAUGCACUAAUUUUUGGCAUUAACACUUUUGUUGCUCUUACACUUCAAACUAUACUUACUGCUAUCGUGGUAGACACUUCAGCCCUGGGACUGGACAUUGUGACACAGUUUGUUGUGUAUGGAGGUUACUACAGCACCAUCUCUGUGCUCUUCCUCUUACGAGGACUGUACACAGUUUGUACGCAUUGUCGCAAAUCUGCAGAAGAAACAAAUACAGAGCGGAUAUCCUCUGCGCUUUAA